AUGAUCUAUCCGUAUUCUGUGCACCUUAGUGCUGUUGCAUCGCCUGGUUGGUAUACAACCUUCCUUCGCCAAGGUAAGAUACCUGACGAUGAGACCCACGAGUCCAAGACGCCGCAAUGGCAAUUUCCCCCUCCUUCGCUCUCCAUCGCCCUCUUUCGCGAGCACCGCGCCCGGGGCUCACUCACUCACUCGCACGAGAUCAAAGGGCGAGAUCCGCUGUGGGCUAUUGCAACCACGGCUUAA